AUGAAGCUGAGCAGAAGAGAGGUUCCUAUUUAUGGCCAAGCAAAGGUUUUUGCAAUGAUCCCAUCGGUUCAGGAGGAAGAGGUUUUUGUGGUUCUAGAGGGCUCAACUCUACUACAUGUUCUGCAAACUAGAGUUCACUCAAUGCUAUACUUCAUUGUUCCAGGUCAUAACCAGUCAGAGAUGGUGCGUGUCCGAGCGUAUAUAUAUACAGAUGAUGCUGUGAUGUGUGUGGGUGUGUCUUAUCUGACAUACGUGGAGGAUGAUGCACAGGAGCUGGCUGAAUACCUGGUUACCCAUAGCGACUGUCUCAGCACCACUGAGCACAGACAUCUGAUUGGUCGAUAUGUUUUGAAUGACAGCUCUGCAAGGACAGAUAUGGAUCAUAGGGUCACACUCGCCCUAGCUAACCUACACACCCCUCACAAUCUUCUCGGACAGUCAUCACAAGAAUCUCUCCUGCAUGUGUGCGUGCGUCUGGGCUUUGUGAGCGUCUCCGAGUUCCUUCUCUGUCAACCUGGCGCCCUGAUGACUAUCUGCUCAGCCAAUCAGGAUGGGGACACGCCCCUUCAGCUGGCCCAACAGACCAAUCAGCAUGCUCUGAUAAAACUCUUUAAGCACCCUCCUAAUCCAUUAUCCACGCCCCUGGCAGGCGUGUCACAGGUGUGGGCGGGUAAAUCCCACCUCCUCAGGUUUAGCCACGCCUCUGGGAUGCUGUCUCUGUCUGUGUGUGUAUCCAAGUACUGUCCUACUACACAGACCUUUCAGUCAUCCAUAUUACUGCUGCGAGAGUAUGUGAAGGAUUCUGCUCUACUAAACAAGGUCAGAUAA